AUGCUCCUGUUCGAGAGUAUUUUCGGUGCUGUCCUCAAGGCGGGGUGUGCAGCGGUGCCGGUCUGCAAGACCAAGUGCCUCGUGCAUGGCACCUGCCACCUCGCCAUUGCACACGGGCCCCGCCGCAGCAGAGCUGCCCUCGCCCUCGCCACUGGUGGCGCCAUCCUGUGGGCUACCAUCACAAUCCAGCGCUUUAAGGUCAGAAAUCACACAGACGGGCAAGAUCGCAGUGAGGGACAGACGGCGAGGGCUGGUGGGAGGCAGUGGGUGGUCGGAGAGGGACGGAUGGGACAAGUAUUGAUGCGUGUUGGGCUGUGUGUGUGCAGGAGCGCAUUAUGCGGGCCAUGGAGGGCCUCUUCGACCAGCGUGAGGGCCGCCCUCAGCCCCACACCCCCCCAGCACACCCACAAGAUCGCCGCCAACUUCAAGAAGAGGCUCCUCGGCCGCGUGAGUAUCCCCAAGCCGAACGCAUCACACUUGGAAUUACAUGAGUGUUCUGUGUGUAUCGUGCAGGCAUCACGUUUGGCGGUUCUCCGCGGUUGCUGGCCAUCGAAAAUGGGCCACGACCACUCGCCAUCGAGGACUCGCCAAGACGACCGGUGAGGACACAUGAUGCCUACUUCAGCUCGCCUGUGUGAGCAGGUCAUCGGCUGUCCAUCUGUCCGUUCGUGUGUGUGUGUGUGUGUGUGUCUGUGUGUGUCUGUCAGGACGGGAGUGCGGUACUGGGUGAGGAGGCCAUUCCGGAGAUCCCCCGAGCGGCAGACGAGAAGAUGAUCCCCGUGCACGCAGCUCCAGGUGAGCAACGCAAUGCACAGACAAAACAUAACUCAUGGACGUGCACUCCUCUCUCCUUCCGGCUGUGUGUGUGUGUGCAGGGGCGUCAUUCGCCGCAGCCGUUGCCACCUCCCUGUAUGGUGGCCGACAGCCAUCCAUCUCGCCCUCUCUGCCGCCCAUCAACUUCAUCACCGAACCGUCGACUUCGAGGCGAGGUUACGAAGGCCGGCAGGGAGGAGCCCGUUUCACGACGUUCCAGGAGCCUCAGCUGCCGUGGGAGGGGCUUGUGCCCGUGGGAGAUGUCUACGCGCACGGCAGCAGUAAGCAUGGACGCAAGCUAGCAGGGAGGGAGGGAGGGGAUGACCUUCAUGACGCUGUUUGACGGUACUCAGGCGACUGUGGCGUAUUGGGGCAAGACCUAGACCGGCCAUACCGGCGGAUGCCCGACAAGAUCCUUGUACGCAAGCCGAGACUCACCCAUUUAUUUAUGCCCAUGUGUGUGGUGUGAUUGACCGGUGGGUGUGUCUUGUCCAGGCGCUCGAGAACAGGGGCAUCUGGGACAUCUCGGUGGGCUCCCCACACAACGCCGCACUCGACGUCGAAGGAGCCAUCUGGACAUGGGGUAUGUAUGCGGAAUGCGCAUGGAUUGCGUGCACCUGCCAAUGCGUCCGUUUCUGUCAUUGCGUGCGUUUGCCCACCAGGCUGUCCGGAUGAGUACGCCCUGGGACGAGCUGGCCAAGACUAUGAGCCACGUACGUAUGUAGGCAGCCGAACGGACACCGUACAGUACACGAGUUAUUCGUCAUCUGUUGUGUGCGUGCAGUGGCGGUGCGCCACAUGCCUGUGCCGGUCAAGAAGGUAACUCAACACCGACAGACAGACAAGACAUGAGAAUCUCAAUGUACGUGUUUAUGUGCUGCACCCAUUCAGGUGGUCUGCGGCGACAGCCACACCGCGGCCCUUUCGUUUGAGGGUCAAGUGUACAUCUGCGGCGCGUACAGGGUACAAGUGAUUCACUCGGCCCAUACAUACAUGCAUCCAGUUCUGUCUGUCUGUCUGUCUGUCUGUGUACCUAUCAGGACACGAGUGGCGUCAUCGGCUUCCCGCGCCGUGAGGUGCUCAUCACCGGCCUUCCCGAGUCGGCCUCCGAGGACGAAGUCAGGCGCUGGUUCGGCAAGGUUGUCGGAGAUGUCCAAGAUGUCCGACUCCGCACGGACGACGAGAAGGACGAGAAGUGAGCAAUAUGCAGCACCCUGCCUGCUGUGUGUGUCUCUGUUGGAUAUUGAAGUGUGUUUGUGUGUUUGUGUGGUGGCAGCGUGGCGCGGGUGGCCUUCUGGACCGAAGCUGCCGUCGACCGAGCGGCCCAGCUCCGUAGCACGGUGAGAACGGGAGAAGAUACGUAUGCAUCGCGUAAAGGUGUGCAUUGAGUGCGUUCCCUCUGUCGCUUCAGUUCUUUAAGGCGGUCGUGCCGUGCGUGGCCGAGAAACAGAAGUACCCCGCCAUGGUGCCCGGCCUGGAGGACGUUGAGCAGGUGGCUAGUGGCGACAACCACACCGUCGCCCUCUCAACAGAAGGCGUGGUAGGCAAUUAAACGACAUCCAUGGUCUCACAUGUGGGUGGAUGUAUGGAUGUUUUCUUUGCUCACGGAUGGAUGGAUGGAUGGAUUGCAGCUGAUGGUGCUGGGCAGCAACGAGUUUGGGCAGCUGACGAUGCCCAACUCCCGCCCAGGCGACUUCAUGGCCACAGCCCUGCCCAUGAUGCGCACCACAGAGCAGUAAGCUGGCGGGCUGAGGCGGCACCAUAGGUGUUUUGCCUCUGUGAAUGCGCACUCCCAUCAGGUUGGGGAUCGAUGGCCGCAUGACGCGCGUGUGGGCGUUCGGCAACGUGACCUUCAUCGCCGCCGACACGGGACGGGCCGGCAUCAGAUACUACGGGUAAGCUGAGCAAGCAGCAAGGAAUGUAUGCAAUCAACAAACGAAGUGUGCCGUGUGCUAUGGGUGGAUGUGUGGUACGUCAGCUGUGGCAUCAACAGCCGGGGGGAGCUGGGCUUGGGCGUUGUGUGCGAGUUCGUUGACACCGUGACGGAGGUCACUGCCUUGAGGAACAAACACGUACGCGCCACAACCGCAAUGAACACGCAUUCAUGUGUGCAUUGAAUGUGUGUGUCGUGUAUUAUUCUGGCAGAUCACACACAUGGCGGGCGGUGCGCAUCACACCGUGGCCCUACUCGACGACGGCUCCUUCAUGAGUUGGGGGAAGCGUAAGCAUUCAGCCACCGACACACAAGCAAGCAUCACCAGCUCGUCCAUGUCUGUUGGUGCGUCCGUGUAUGUGUGUGUUUGUGUGUGUGUGUGUGUGCAGAGGAGCUGACAGGGACGGGCACGCCAGGCAAGGAGGUCCCGAUGGCGCUGCCCCUCAUGACCACGCGUGUGAGAGUAAGUACAUACACCGGGCAGCAGAGUGACUGAGCGACACAGCCACACACAUGACGGCAUGACCGUGUUUGGUCGCUCAGGGUGUCAGGCUCGCCACGAUUGGCGCGGGCGAGACGCACACUCUGGCCACAACGACCAACGGCGAUGUGCUCAGCUGGUAUGCCCGCACAUGUCACUUAAGUGAGGCCACACAUCCACAGCUGCUGUGUGGUGUGUGAUGCUGUCUCUCAUGGUGUCAGGGGUUUCGGCGGGUGCUAUCAGCUAGGCACCAGUUUGUCGCGGCUCUCCACGGACAAGGCCUUCCCGGAUGUGCGGAGCGUCACCGAGCUGGCCCCCUACUGCAUCGAGUCGAAGCAGCUGUGUGACAUGUUCGUCCUGAAGGUGGGUGGUCUUCGUCCAUUGGUUGGUUCAUUCAUUCAGACACGUCAUGUAUGUAUCACUCCUGUACUGCUUGUUGGGCGUGCUGUGUCAGGCGGACGGCAGCGCACAGCACUCGAUAGAGCUGGUAUGCAUGUGUGUCAUCUGGUUGUCGUAGACAAACUUACUUCCUCUGUGCACUUAGGCGUGGACCGGCAAGUGGGAGCGGCUACGUCCAUUCCAGCCCACCGCUGUAAACAGUCACCGAGCUUGUCAACUCCUUCUUCUCACGCACUCGGUAUCCCUCAUUCCUCUCUGUCUGUUUGUUGCAGGCCGUUGCACCGAGUGACGGCGGCAUGCGCGAGGACACGGAAGAGGUAAUCGAUCCGACAGGCACAUAACAUGACAUGCAUCCACCCAUCCAUGGGCAAUCUGCUUUGGUGUAGGCGGAAGCCCCUGACCGCCCCUUCUUCGGCCCUCACCUUCCGCUCUUCGGCCGAGACGCAACAUCGACAUUCGGCCCGGUCCAGUCCCCACCGAUUGUCGAGCUCUCCUUUCAGGGCAGCAGUCCGUCCCUCCCGUCCUUCCAGUCCGCCCCCCUCUUCGGCCUACCCCAGCAGGCCGACAAGGACAGUGGGACAGCAGCACCAGCAGCAGGAGCAGCAGAAGGGGCGGCAUCGGCAUCGCCCUCAUCCUCAUCCUCUUCGCGGAGACGCGGACGGCGGGGGCGGCUGUCGGGGCCAUCGCUGUCCUUCGGCACCGGGGUUCUUACUGGCCACCAAGGGAGUGGGGCGGGGGCAGCUCUUUUUUCAGCAGCAGCAGCAGCAGCAGCUUCUUCUUCUCCAUUUGCUGCCGGCGGUGCGCAGCAGGGUGGUGAGGGGGGUUUCGGGCCAACCCAGGAGGGCGUGCAGCUGUUCCAGGGUGCCACGGGGGAUCUUCAGUACGGCAGCAGCGGUGAGGCACGUGGGCAGGCGACCACAAGGGGAGAAAGUGCGUGCAUGGAUGACUGACUGACUCUCUGGCUUUGUCUGGUUGUUGUUGAGCAGCUUCCAGUGGCCGCCGCCGACAGGAUGAAGGAGAGGAGGAGGACGACAGUUGGAUGGACGCGAAACGAAAGCGACGCUGAAAACGGUGAGACGGGUUUCUGACCAUCCAACUGCGUUUUCAGCGUCGAUCAGUGGGUGUCGACCACUGCUUUCGUUCGUGUGGUUUCUGCAGAGAAAGCGAAACGAGUCGGGCUGCAUGAGCCGUCCGCCCUUGCUUCCGUCCAUUCCAGCUUCCGUGUGCGAAUGGCUGUGCGACCAUGGACAGAGACGUGUGUACGGACACCAGGGCAACAGGAGGGAGAGGUGUGAGAUCUUCCGAUCUUUUGGCCGUCCCUGAUUACGAGGGACAUGUAUGUCGUGUUGCGUACACGUACUUGUUGCGUGUCUGACUGACUCGUCAGCGGUCAAUUUUGCCAUCCGUGUUGCGCUCGAUAGUGCUGCGCCCUGCACUAACUUGACCCGACUUGACAGAACAGCUGACCUGAUUAGUGUAGUUGAGUGCUGUCUGACUUGACGGGUGGUGGACAGAAUCAUCGGAACAACCUGGCCUGCAGUGUGAGCCAUUUGUGCGUGGUAACACCGUAAACCACAUAAUCGAUU